UUUAGAUAGAUACGCAGCCCAAAAAGGCAUUUUGUGUUUAUAAUUUUUUCCUGUGCGGCGUGAGAAGUGCAAUUUUUCUUAAAUAAUUACCUUUUUCUGUGAGAUUUUCCAUUAUAAAAAUGAACAAUGAUCCCAGGGGUGAAAAUGUUAAAGUUGUGUGUAGCAUUAAUCCGAAUAUUUUGAAGGAAUUGGGUCUCGAUGCACAGAUUAAAAGCGCCCUUGAAAAGGCUACAAAACAAAAGGCACUUCCACAGAUUUCUGCAGCGUCAAAAAAUGCAACAUCAAUUAAGCUAGAGCCUCCGGAAAGGGAAUCUUUCUCGUCAAAUAAGAAGAUUCAGGUAAUUAAACAGGAAACUGUUGAUCCCAAUCUUGCAACGGAAAUCCUUCAGAGGUUGCCAAGGAGUGAGGCUAUUAAGUACACUAGAAUAAUCGAAGCUAGGCAGAAAGUUCUGCAGGAACAGGAUGUAGUGUUUUUGGAUGAUGUUGUGGUCCAGGGAAUAGAGAAUGAGCCGGAGAAUUUCACAGGAAAAGGGCAGGAAGUUGUAGAGGAGCUCGAGGUGUAUGAAGAGGGAAAUACUGAGGCAAACAUAGUGGAAGAAUACAUUAUUGAAGACACAGAAGAAGCUGCAGAAGAAAGUCAGGAGUGUCCUGAUAUAAUAGAUCUGCAAGAAAGUGAGGAAAUUGUCGAGGACAGUGGGGAAGUAUUUGAAGAAAUUCUCGAACUUCCUGAACAAGAAAUUCAGGAAGUUGUUGUAGAAUCAACAGUUUCAGCUGAAGAUCCUGACAAGAGCCUGGUAUCGGAAUCCGAAGAGAGUUUCAUUGGCUUUUCAGUGACAGAAAAUCCUGAAGUUCCUGAACAUCCCGAAACCGAACUUCAAAAAGAUCCCGCGCUGAAAGAUAUUUCUUUAGAGGAGGAAACUGGACAGGAAGUUCCAAAAAUCCGUAAGUUACGACUCAGAGCCCUGUCAGAGACAAUAGCUACAGUGAGAUCAAGAAUUCAUAUCCAUCGAGAAGUAGAGAAUCUUGCCAAAUUCCUUCCGAGGCGUCUGGAAUCCUCCGAGGAGUCAGAAUCGUCUCAGGGAACCUCAGAGAGUUCAGACGAAGAGUCUCCUGCAAAUGACAGGAUCAAUUUCCUUUUGAAGUACCUGGACAAGGACAAACUAAUUGAUCAUAUCCUAGAUUCAAAGAGGAAGUCCCUGAAUAAGAUAAUGGAGGAAGAUGUUGAAAGAAAUGCAAGAUCACCUUCAAGUUCUUCGGCGGAAGUUUCAGAACAUGAAGAAAAUAUUGGAUUUGAGGAGCAUUUGCCAUCGCCAGAGCCCCCGGAACAUCAGCAAGAGACAAUUGUUGAAGAACCAGAGCCUGAACCAGAAUCAGAGGGCCAAAGAAAUCCUGAAACUCGUGAAAGCUCACCGGAUAUUGUUAAAACUUUCAUAAUCACCGAGAUUACGGAAGAUCCUCCAGUUUACAUUAAACAAGAGAAACCUGAUAGGAUUUCUGCAAAAGACCCUAGAAAUUUUCCUCCGAACCCGAAAAAAGAGAUUCAGAGAGAAGUUUUUGAAGAAAAUCAAGAUUCCGUGGUAGAGGAACCUAGAGGUCCUAGCCCGAUCGAAGAGAACCUAGAGGAUAGCUCAAAUGUUCCUGAAGCUGCGCUGCCUGAAAGACAGCCUACUCAAGUAAAACUUGAAAAGAAUAUCGAGGAAAUUCCAACUGAGGUACCUAGUACGGAACCUAUCACAGAACCUACUGCAGAACCUACUGCAGAACCUAGAAGAUCCACAAGAUCCCGCGGAAGAAUUAGUGUUGUAAAUGAAGAUUUCCUCUAUGAUUCCCCGCUGGAAUACCGCAGAAAUACUAGGAGAUCUGCAAAGUUUCAGGAACCUAAAGAAUUAGGUCCUCCUGCAAAAGAUCCUGCGCAAAAUGCAAAAGAAGUUGCAUGUACAAUCGAAAAUCUGGCAGUUAGUGUUAAGCGGAAAGCAGAAGUGAAGCCCAAUCAAGAAAUUAAACGACAGAAAGUACCUAUCACCGUAACAUGUGGACGUUGUCAGAAUUCCAUGCCCAUCAACACUUGGCAGAGGCAUCUGCUCACGCACAAUGGCGUAGCUUGGCAGGAGGGCAGAGAAAUCCCAAUUGACAUGGAGAAUGAGACUCUGAGAGCCAGAUUAAUUCAGACUUGCAUAAAAAAGAAUCGCCUGACACAUGUGAGAUGUGAAAAAUGUGGAGAUACCCGGAAAUCCGGAGCUGGACUUGUGAGUCAUGAGAGGACCUGUGGGAAAUCCGCUGAGGAUAUCCAGGAAGUUCUAGUGAGCUGUGAGCAUUGUUCGAAGAAAAUCCUUCCCUGCAGUCUCAGAACUCAUCAACUCAAUCACUGUUCAGUACUCAAGAAGCUCCAGAAUCCAGCUACAGCUGAACCAGAACCAGCUGAUACCUCGCAACCGGAGACUGAAUUCUCCACUAGUGGGAGGAUUAAACGAAAGAGUACUCGGGUGGCAGAAAUAAAAUUCCGCAAAGAUCUCAGUCCAGAGAAUGACGAUCCCUUUACUCAAAGUGACUCAGAGGCAUCCUUAGGGGCGGAAUCUUCGGAUUCAGAAGGAUCGAGUGGAGCAACGGAGAACAGUGAAUUCCCAAGUGAUUCCGAAGACAGGUCUCCCCGGAAAGGCCAGAAGAAGAAAAACCAUCACAAAAAACGAAAACGAAUUUCCAGUGUGAGGAGACGGAUCUCAAGUGAUAUUAGCCAGAGAUUCAUCUCCUCGGGAUCGUGGGCUCAAUGGAGGACGCUCAGCAUAGAAUCUAUCUUGUCUUUCUACAAGGAGAACAUCAACGAAUUUCGUAUUAAUAACCAUUCUACUGAGCCUCUCUUCCCGAAUUGGAUGCCCAUUCAAGUGCCACUGGAUGAUAAUGAAGAAUUCCAGAGUUAUCUACCAAAAUCUGGAACUUCAAUUUAUUUUGAUCAGCACAGAGUGAAUCACUACAAAGUAUCCUUUGGUGGAGCUUCCAGUGAGACUCUCUCGACUCUUGAGUGCUUCGAAGGAGUGUCAGACAGCAAUAAGUCGACGAUUUUCUACUGCGGAGCCCCUAUACUGUCCCUUGAUUGGCUUCUGGAUCCCCCAGAGUCUCUGCAUAGCGAUGUCCUGGCGGUUUCUUGUGCUUCUAGCUUUCGCAUUGACUAUGACUACCAUCAUAAAACUGCGGAAAAGACAGUCAUUCAGAUCUGGAGUGUGGGAAGUUUAAGGGGGGAAUCUAAGGUGGGAAUUUGUUUUCUGUACGGCGUGGCUUAUGAUUGGGGUCCAGUGUUUUGUCUCAAGUUCUGCCCAAGUGGAGGAUAUUCGCCAAUUGGUCGAUUAGGACUUUUGGCUGUGUCAUCGUGCAAUGGAACUGUAUCAAUCUUUGCUCUGCCAAUGCCACCAGUUUACAGAAAAGUUCUGAUGUUGCCACCAGCUGUGAUCCUAGAGACGAGACAAGAGGUCUUGGUGACAAAAUUGGCGUGGUCAGAAAUGAGGGGACAUAGUUAUUUGGCUGCAGGAGUUUCCACUGGAAGAGUUUAUGUUUGGAAAUUGGAUGUAGAUUCAAGAUUACUGAAGCGACAGAGAGAUAGUGUUGAGAUUCUGUAUCCCAUUCAUACGAUUCAUGGGCAUGUCUAUCCUGUGACCGUGGUGAUAUUUUCGAGGAUAGAAGGACGAAAUCUUUUGUUAACGGGAAGCAUUGACAGAAAAGUCAGAAUAUUUGACUUGAAUUCGGGAUGCCAGGAAAUUUAUACACUCAAUUACAAGAGUCAGAUCACUUGCGGAGUCUGGCCGUUCAAUUGGCCGAUGUAUAUCUUUGGGAUUGACAAUAGCUACCAGUGGAAUCGAACUGAAGUUGUGGCUAAACAGCCUUUCAAUAUCCCGUACGACGAUACUGUUCUCAUUGUCCAUACCCAAGAUAUCACGGAUCUCGACCUAAACAACUGGACAAAUACUCUUCUCGUCGGAAUGGAAUCCGGGGAUAUUUGUGGCAAUUUUCGGCGGUAUUAUUCACCGUUGGCAAAGAAAGCAGACCUCAUGAGGCGAAUUAUUGGCUACACAGACUCCAUAAAUUUGUCUGAAAGGAUUAAAAUAUGCAAAGAUGAAGAAUCUCUGAACAAUUUGAUCGGGAGCUGUGGUAUUCUCUUCUGUGAUCUUCAAAAUGAUGUGGACUUGAAAGCAACAAAAGCCUUCAGAACUCGCCAUAUCGCUGAGUAUCCACUCACGCGAAUCAACAAAAUCAUUUUUAAUCCCAACGAAAGUGUUCACAUGUUCUACGCAAUAGGCUAUCAAGCAGGAUUUGUUAGGAUAUGCAAGAGCUAGCUGGGUAUUUCUUAGGCAUUUUCUGCUGGAACUUCAUCCUCUUUGUCAUGACCGUCAUUGGAGAUUUUUUCAUCACCAUCGUGUUCCUCAAUAGCUUCCUCCAGAGUGGCAAUGUCUGAGACCUCUUGUCCAUUCUGGACGGAUGACGUAUCCUCGUCCUUCUUCUUCUUUUUCUUCUUCUUCCCACGCUUACUCACUUCCACAUGUUCCUCCUCAACUCCUUCCCCUUCCUCGCGAUUUGUGUAGCCUUCUGGGAAGAAGAGCAAGCACUCUGCCUCUCCCUGUACGCAAUUCUGACUGAUGAAGCAGGGACCGAGAGAUACGAGUUCCAGGACGGCAUCUGUGUUAGCUUUGGUCACCUUCAGCACCAGCUUAUCAUUCACGGUACGUUUCACCUACAAGGAUGAGAUAUCCUUGAAUUUUCAUUUAAUUGUAUAACCUUUGAAUAGGAGACUGAUGAUUAAAUAAGAAUUGUUUCAAUAAAAAA